AUGGAGAAGAGCAACAGCACGACAGACUUCAUUCUCCUGGGACUCUUUAGGCACACGAGACUCCACCUCUUUUUCUUUGCAUUGGUGCAGGCUGUAGCCAUUGCUUCCCUCUUGGGCAACUCCCUCAUGGCUCUCCUAAUUCGCCAGGACCCCCAGCUGCACAUGCCCAUGUACUUCCUGCUGAGCCAGCUCUCCCUCAUGGACCUCAUGCUGGUCUCCACCACUGUGCCCAAGAUGGCUGAUGGCUUUCUUUCUGGGAAGACGUCCAUCUCCCCAGCUGGCUGUGGGAUGCAGAUCUUUGUCUCCCUCACCCUGGGUGGUGGGGAGAGUUUCCUCCUGGCAGCCAUGGCCUAUGACCGCUGUGUGGCUGUCUGCCACCCUCUGAGAUACCCUACACUCAUGAGCAGGCAGUUAUGCUUGCAAAUGACCAUGGGCUCUUGGUUCCUGGGGGCAGCUGAUGGGCUCAUGCAGGCUGCAGCUACUCUGAGCUUCACCUAUUGCGGUGCUCAUGACAUUGAUCAUUUCUUCUGUGAGGCCCCUAUGCUGUUACGCUUGGCCUGCAGCGACACCUCAGUCUUUGAAAAUGUCAUGUACAUCUGCUGCAUUCUGAUGCUACUGAUUCCCUUGUCCCUUAUCCUGACUUCCUACAGCCUCAUCCUUGGUGCUGUACUGCACAUGCACUCCACAGAAGCCUGCAAGAAGGCCUUUGCCACAUGCUCCUCCCAUUUGGCUGUGGUAGGACUCUUUUAUGGCCCUGCCAUCUUCAUCUACAUGAGACCCAAAUCCUACAGGUCAGCUGACCACGAUAAGGUGGUGUCGGCCUUCUACACCAUCUUCACCCCUAUGCUGAACCCUGUGAUCUACUCUCUGAGGAACAAUGAGGUCAAAGAAGCCCUGAAAAGGUGGUUGGGAAAACAAGUCACCCUAAAACACCAGCAAACUUAA